AUUAUCAUUUUUUUAAAUUAAAUUAUUAAAUUGUAAAUAUUUUAUUAUAAUUUUAUCUUAAAUUUGUACAAUAAAUUUGUUAUCUUAAUUUGUACGAUAAAUUUGUAAUUUUGUAAUCUUGAGUUUGUACAAUAAAUUUGUAAUUUUAUAAUUGUGUGGAGAAUUUGUAUAAUUGUAUAAAAAGUGUAUAGUAGCGAAUGUGAGGAUGAGGGAGGUGAUUAGUAUUCAUGUUGGACAGGCCGGGAUUCAAGUCGGAAACGCUUGCUGGGAGUUAUUUUGUCUGGAGCACGGGAUUCAACCGGAUGGUAACAUGCCUGAAGAUAAAUUAUACUCCAAUGAUGAUGCAUUUACCACCUUCUUCUCCGAAACCUAUUCCGGAAAACAUGUGCCCCGAUGUAUAUUUGUGGAUUUGGAGCCGAGUGUGAUUGAUGAGGUGCGGAAUGGCGCGUAUAGGCAUUUAUUUCACCCGGAGCAGCUGAUUACUGGGAAGGAAGAUGCUGCUAACAACUUCGCUAGAGGACACUACACCAUUGGCAAAGACAUUAUUGAAAUUAUUCUCGAUCGGAUCAGAAAAUUAGCCGAUAAUUGUACAGGAUUGCAGGGAUUUUUAAUGUUUAAUGCUGUGGGUGGUGGUACGGGUAGUGGUUUGGGCUGUUUAAUAUUGGAGCGGCUUUCAAUUGAUUUUGGCAAGAAAAGUAAACUUAAUUUCUGCUGCUGGCCUUCUCCUCAGGUCUCCACUGCCGUUGUUGAGCCUUACAACUCCGUACUCUCCACCCACUCAUUACUCGAACACACCGACGUCGCCGUCAUGCUCGAUAACGAAGCCAUUUAUGACAUUUGCAAACGCAAUCUCGAUAUCGAAUGCCCCACAUACACCAAUCUUAACAGAUUGAUAGCCCAGGUAAUAAGUUCGUUGACUGCGAGUUUGAGAUUUGACGGCGCUUUGAACGUGGACGUGACGGAGUUCCAGACUAACUUAGUGCCCUAUCCCAGGAUCCACUUUAUGCUCUCAUCUUACGCGCCUGUGAUCUCCUCUUUUAAAGCCUAUCAUGAACAACUCACCGUUGCGGAAAUUACCAACUCUGCAUUUGAACCCAAUAACAUGAUGGCCAAAUGCGAUCCCAGACAUGGGAAAUACAUGGCGUCAUGUAUUUUGUAUAGAGGAGACGUUGUGCCGAAGGAUGUGAAUGCUGCGGUGGCGAAUAUAAAGACGAAGAAGACUAUCCAAUUUGUGGAUUGGUGUCCGACGGGGUUUAAGGUGGGAAUAAAUUAUCAGCCGCCGACGGUAGUGCCCGGCGGCGACUUGGCAAAAGUUGCUCGCGCCGUUUGUAUGAUUAGUAACUCCACAGCUAUCGCCGAAGUGUUUGCACGCAUGAAUUAUAAAUUUGAUCUUAUGUACGCGAAACGAGCGUUCGUUCACUGGUACGUCGGGGAAGGCAUGGAAGAAGGCGAAUUCUCCGAAGCCAGAGAAGACCUCGCCGCACUCGAAAAAGACUACGAAGAAGUCGGCAUCGACACCUUACAAUCUUAAUUUCAACUUCUCAAUUUACUCUUAUUUA